GUAAAAUAUUUUACUUUUAGCCAUGUCAUAAAAAAAUCACCCAUCUCAUUUAGUAUUUUGCCAUGUCCGAGCCAACUAAUAGUUGAUCGAACGAAAAAUUAAUAGUUUGGCUACUAAUUUGUUUUUAAAAGGUUUGACUAUUAUUUUGUUUGAAAACCAAAGGUUUGGCUAUUAAAUUGUAUUUACCCUAAGUAAUAUAACAAUCAACAAAGUGCAACAUUACUAAAUAAACUACACAAUCGUUCAAAAUGCAUGUUUACAACAAGCACGGUUUCGACAUUGAAAUAAAAAAGCUCUAACAUAGAGCAUUAUACAACAAGCACUAUUUCAACAUUUCCUUACCUAAUUUGAUUGAGUAUGAUUGAUUGGUUAUCUGGGUUUGGCCGUUGCUCUUGACCUCUGUCUCUGUCUCUGUGAUGCUGAUGCUCUUGACCAGGGGAGGAAGACUCAAGCAGGGAUCGGCGCAGAGGAGCGGAGCGGAGUGGAGUGGCAGAGUGGCUCGACCUAUCGCCGGUCGCGGGUCCCUAGUUGCCACUCGCCAGAGAAGAAAAGAGAAACGGCAGAGCAGCGGAGCAGGGUCGGCUCGACCUUUCGCUGGUCUCGGUUUGCCGACUUGCCUCAUUCGUUUCGACGGUCGCGGGUCGUAGCCUCGCGGGUCGCCAGAGGAGAGGAGAAGAUGAGCCGCGAGGCUGGGUCGGGGAAGAAAGAAACGAUGAAAGGCUCCCUCCCGAUUCGUUCGUUCAGUCGUUCGAUUUGAGAUUAGGGUUUUACGAAGAAAUGAGGUUUUUUCCUUUUUUUAUGUGAUUUAAAUGAUGACAUUUUCCUUGAAAUUUAAUCUACCGCCAGUUAGAACGAAACUGGGCGGUAUGACGGUUUAUGCCGGUUAAGCCGGAAAAACCGGACGACAUGGUAAAACGCAUUCCAACAGUCUAUCGUAUCACUUCUGAUCCGAUUCCCGGUUUUUCUAGUUGAACUAAGAUCCGGUUUCCUUAUCCAUGAUAAAAAGUGAGACGGAGUGGUACGAAAUUGUUAUUCUCGCCUCACCAAAGUUACUACGAGAUUGAUAAUACCCACUCUAUGCGAAAUUGUUAUUCUCGCCUCACCAAAGUUACUACGCGAUUUAUAAGGUGUGAGAACGAUUCGACAAAGGGAAUUACAGUAGAGAGAAGGGAGAGCAAUUUCCUUCUAUUGAGAGUGGGUUUUGGAAAUCGAUCCCUUUACCAAGUGUAAUAAAUGCUAUAUUAUAGUGUCCUUGGGUUGCUGAGCAGAUCGUGAGUGACAAGAUGGGAGUGUUAGACCGGAUGCAUGGGCCCCAAUAGUGAUACUGAUUCACCCGCUGCCUGUGCGGCUUGUCUCCCCGCAGCGGAAACCGCAUCAUAAUCUGGGCGGCUUGUCGUCCCGCGGUAUAAACCGCGCAACUGGGUGGCUUUUCUUAGUUGCGGACGCGCGACUCGGUGACUAAGCGUGGUGCGGUGCCGCUCACGCGCUCUUCAUAGUUCUUCCCCCAAAAAUUGCCCACCCCCCCCCCUCCCAGCAGUAGGUAGUCCUUGAGUUCUCCUGCAUUGUCUUUCGUGCUCCACGCUUAGCAUUUUGCGGCUGCACUUUUUUUUUUCUUUGCCCCCCGGACGCUGAUUAUUUCGUGCCUUCCUCAUUUGUAGUUUGGUGAAUCUUGCAUUAGUUCUCGUGCAUUUUUAAUUUUCUAUCUGACGGCGUUAGCUUCGCAUUGGCAACGCUUUAGCCUGCUACUUUUCCCCCGUUCGUUCUUAGUUUUUUCAGCUCUGGAGGGGGAUGCGCCCUAGUCGAUGGGGCGCUGGCAGCAAGGCGUCGACUGAUCGACACGUGGCGCAUCCGUGUCCUUUCGUUUAGGCAAUGGAUUUGAAUUUCGAAAGUUGUGGAUUGGACAGGCUAGCGCGGGUUCCAAGGGAGGAAUACCCAACGGUGGGACUUCUUCUUUUCCCUAGAUAUGUCGGAGGCGGUGUGUUGGUUGCUUUUAUUUGCUUUCAGUUGAACGAAAAAGAGUCUAAACUUUUUUCUUCUUCCUUUUCUCUCGUGUUCUUUGUUUGUUGCCCCGUCUUCACUUUCGAUCACCGUUUCGUUGCCGUUCACGUGUUCUGGAUUUAGGAUGGACGCUGAGAAAAUCCUCGCUCACGUAGUGAUCGAGAUCAAUGAUGGUGGUAACGAUUCUUCUUACCCUUCUAUAGAUUUUGGGAAAGUAGGGGUAGGGUUGGAACAGGCGUCUCAAGGCGGAGCAUUGCCUGAGACUCCCAGGUUUGAUUCCGGCGGCGCAAGUGGUAGCGAGUUCCUUCGUAGUUCAUUCGACAGGAUGGCUUUCCAGAGAGAGGGCGACGAGGGUUUAAAGGAUGUCUAUUCCGAGGAGGAUCAUCGCGACGACAAAGGGUAAGGUUUGGAGGAAGGGAAGAGUUCUAGCACGACCGUCGAAGGUGUGGAAACGAAUAGUUCCUUGGCCUUGUCAUAGCCUGAGGAUAGCUCCUUUUUCAACAAUGUGCACACAACUGAGGUGGUAUAGUCGUUGGGAGCACAUUUGACUGACGCCAAUUACACGAUCCUGGAUUGGGCAGAAAUGUUCGGGAUCACUGGAAGCCACAAUGUGUGUUGGUGUUUUUUUAAUAUGGUAUGUGGUCUGAACCUUACCGGAACACAACCGCAUAGGCCGUACUAUGCAUGGUCUGGUCCAUAGUAUGUGUUCUAGUCUCUUAGUUUGGACCGUAGACCGUAUAUAUGGUCCGGUCUGGUCUGGUCUUGACCGUUUCCCACACCUACCCAAUAGUUUGGAAUAUAAUGGUAAUUAUUGA